AGCGCUUCUGACUGUGGGGCCUCCACCCAUGGACGAGGAGCAGACGGACCUGGAGCUCUACCUGGACCAGUGCUUCGCCCAGGAUGAUCUCACUCCACCCAGGUUACCACUGCUCAGCCCAGUUGUACCUGAUGAUGUGUACAUGCCUAAUUCAUCCAAUCCAAAGAUGGUGUUUAAUUCACAUCUUGAAGAAGUCAAAGAAACACCUGGCCAUUUCUCAUCUGUGGAUCUUAGCUUCCUACCGGAUGAACUUACCCAAGAAAAUAAAGACCAGAGUGUUAUUAGAAGCAAGCAUGAAAUUGAAGAAAAUUGUAAAACUCAAAGUCAGCAAAGUAGGUUGUCAUUACCCAGAGAACAGGACAUUGGUCUGGGCUUAAUAGGCAGCAGCAGUUUGUUGAAUUCCCAUUCACACCUGUACCCUGCUGAUGCUGACUCGGUCCAGCCCUCUCUUGAGAAACCAAACUCUAUGCCUCUGGUGUCUAUAACUCCCAUGACACCAAUGACCCCCGUUUCAGAAUGUUCUGGAAUUGUGCCUCAACUACAGAAUAUAGUUUCCACUGUAAACCUGGCCUGUAAAUUGGAUCUGAAGAAAAUAGCUUUGCAUGCAAAAAAUGCAGAGUAUAACCCUAAGAGGUUUGCUGCUGUCAUAAUGAGGAUCCGAGAGCCCAGAACGACAGCCCUCAUAUUUAGUUCUGGGAAAAUGGUCUGCACAGGAGCCAAAAGUGAAGAGCAGUCUCGACUCGCAGCGAGGAAGUAUGCUCGUGUGGUGCAGAAGCUGGGGUUCCCAGCCAGAUUCCUCGAUUUUAAAAUUCAGAACAUGGUUGGAAGCUGUGAUGUGAGAUUUGCCAUCAGUCUGGAAGGUUUGGUGUUAACUCACCAGCAGUUCAGUAGUUAUGAACCUGAACUGUUUCCUGGCCUUAUUUAUAGAAUGGUAAAACCACGAAUUGUGUUGCUUAUCUUUGUAUCUGGGAAAGUUGUGUUAACAGGUGCCAAAGAACGUUCUGAGAUCUAUGAAGCAUUUGAAAACAUCUAUCCUAUUUUAAAGGGUUUUAAAAAAGCCUGAGUAUGUCAUUCAGCAUCUCACGUUAUAUUGAUUUGAGUGUGCAUAACUCCACACAAACCAUUGUACUGUAGAUUUUUCAUGCAGAUUUUGACUUUAUUUGUUAAAGGAUGAUCCUGUGAGGAUCCAUGCCUAAGAACUGAAGAAAUUUCUUUUUCAAAAUGACACGUUAUUUUAAAAACCGAAAAAGUAAACAUUUCAGAACUUGAUUUAGGGCCUUGCUAGAAUGAUAUUUAAUGUUUAAUCAUUAAAACAUAAUGCUCUGCUCUUGUAAAAGAUGUAGUCUAUCAACAUGUGUUCUUUGAAAAUACCUAGGAAUAUACAGAAAUUUCAGAUAACUACAUCAAAUAGAUUCUAUCUGCAUCAUCAUCUAGCAGGAGAGAAAUGAAUGUGUUUAUUUUUGCCUUUUAAAAUAUUGAGGAGAUGGUCCUGGCCAUUAGAUACAGGCACCUUGAAGGAUCCUGUCAGAAUACAAAUGAAACAUAAAAGUCUGAAACCUUAAGACAAACUAUCCUUUUGUUUGAAAUGAUCAGCGGAAAUGAUUUCUCUUUCUUAAAAAUAAACUUUCAGGAACCAUUCAGGUUUGGUGUAAGCUCUAUUUUGAAAACAGCUUAGGGACUUCUUUUUUGUGUGUGUGCUGUUGUCUUAUGUCAUGGUAUUGCAACAGAUGGGGUAAGACUAAGGGAAUGAAACAAAGGGUUCAGAUUCAAGACCCAAUUAGAUUGUGGAAUCCUCAGAAUUUGAUGGCGAUGUACAGGCUAUCCGGGAGGAUGGGGCUAACAUGACUCAUGGCUCUUGUUCCCAAGUGGUCAGGGAUUAUGUCUUUCACCAAGAUGAGGAAACAGAUUGGUGAGGAGGGAGAGCUGUUCCUGACAUGCCCCGUUUGUGGUGGCCACUGUCCAUCAGUCAACUCCUUGGCAGUUGUGACUCUCUGGGUGUGGAACUUGGGAGAGAAAUCGCAGCUGGAGAAUUCAGGGCAGUCAUCAGUUGACAACCUACCAACAUAAUCCUUGAGAAUCACUGGCCUAGCCUAGGUCAGCUGACCUACAGGCACACUUCUCUUUUUUCCUUCUGUGGUUUGGAGGCAUUUUCAAACACCAGUACUCGGAUUUAAUCCUCCGACUCCCCCUAUUGACCUCCACAGAAAGUAAUUUGGAGUAAUCGAAAUCAGGUUAAAUUCUGACUGGUUCAAGUUCUUUCUCAGAGCAUGGCCCAGAGUAGAAGAAUGUUGGACGUUAAAAUUCAGUUUUCGGAAAGGUAACGUUGGUUUCCACGAUUGUUUCCGCUUGUUCUCUAUUAUCGAGUAAAGUACUUUCAGGUUCCUGUUAAUCCUCGCGACGUCGGGUAGGUGCCGGAUCUCCACCGAACAGAUAAGAAAGAACACAGGUACGGAGA